AGUUUUUCUUGUAUAGUGAAGGUGUUCAGGCCUAUAAAAGUUUUUAGAAAAUAUUUUAGUAAUGGUUAUCAACUCCCGUCGCUUUGGACGAUAUUUUCCUACACCCCAUCGUUGUACACCCCAUAGGUACACCCGGUACACCCCUUCCAUGACGUAACGCCGGCUUCUCGCGCUUUUUCGACCCACCUGAUCGUCGGUACGCCACUUUGUGUGACGUCAGCACAGCUGCUCCUUUCUCCCGUGGUCGGAGCCGAACAACUGGUCGGGCGGUCCGACGGCCACUGCUGCGGUUUGCCGCUGGAUCGGCGAUCGUUGCGCACGCGAGGGGUAGCAUCUGCCAGCAGUGCACGGUGCCAUCGGGCCCACCUGACCCGUGACCAGAAAAUGCCGGCCACCAGCCGCGCCCUCGCUGCCACGGACACCUAGGACCGGGACAAGGGCGCAUGGCGACGGCGGCCGAAAGCGGGUCCCGCCUGAGCGGCCACACGCUGGACAAAGCCACCAAGGCCAAGGUGCACCUGGAGAACUACUACUCGAACCUGGUGAGCCAGCACUUGGAGCGCAAGGGGCGCCACGACCGCCUCGAGGAAACCAUGCGCGAGGAGGGACUCUCCGAGGAACAGAAGCGGGAGAAGCGGCAGCAGCACUCGCUAAAGGAGACGGAGUUCCUGCGCCUGAAGCGCUCCCGGCUCGGCGUGGAGGACUUCGAGCCACUGAAGGUGAUUGGCCGGGGCGCCUUCGGGGAGGUGCGCCUGGUCCAAAAGCGUGACACGGGCCACGUGUACGCCAUGAAGAUCCUCCGCAAGGCAGACAUGCUCGAAAAGGAGCAGGUGGCCCACGUGCGGGCCGAGCGGGAUGUUCUAGUGGAGGCAGACCACCAGUGGGUGGUCAAGAUGUACUACAGCUUCCAGGAUGCCAUCAAUCUGUACCUCAUCAUGGAGUUUCUUCCCGGCGGCGACAUGAUGACCCUGCUGAUGAAGAAGGACACCCUGUCAGAAGAGUGCACCCAGUUCUACAUUGCCGAGACGGCCCUGGCCAUCGACUCGAUCCACAAGCUGGGCUUCAUCCACCGGGACAUCAAGCCGGACAACCUGCUGCUGGAUGCUCGGGGACACAUCAAGCUCUCGGACUUUGGCCUGUGCACGGGCCUAAAGAAGUCGCACCGGACGGAGUUCUACCGCGACCUGUCCCAGGCCAAGCCCUCGGACUUCACAUUUGGCAGUAGAGGCAGUUGCGCCGAGGCACGGCUGACCGGUGGCUGUCUAUUUGCAGCGUCGAAUCCAAUGGACUCUAAGCGUCGGGCAGAGAGCUGGAAGAAGAACCGGAGACAGCUGGCCUACUCGACCGUGGGCACGCCGGACUACAUUGCACCCGAGGUGUUCCUGCAGACGGGCUACAGCAGCUCGUGUGACUGGUGGUCCCUGGGUGUCAUCAUGUACGAGAUGCUCAUUGGCUACCCUCCCUUCUGCUCGGAGACUCCUCAGGAGACGUAUCGCAAGGUGAUGGGCUGGCGGGAGACCCUGGUGUUCCCCGCUGAGGUGCCCAUCUCGGAGGAAGCACGCUGCCUCGUCCAGGGGUUCUGCUCCGAGGCCGACGCCCGCGUCGGGGCCCAGGGGGGUUUGCCGCAGAUCCGGGCGCAGCCCUUCUUCCGCGGUGUGGACUGGGACCACAUCCGCGAGCGGCCGGCCGCCAUCCCCAUGGAGGUGAAGAGCAUCGACGACACGUCCAACUUCGACGACUUUCCCGACGUGGACCUCAAGAUCCCUUGUGCCCCUCCCGCCACACCGAGCAAGGAGGAGGCGGCCGGAUACAAGGACUGGGUCUUCAUCAACUACACCUUCAAGCGCUUCGAGGGCCUCACCCAGCGAGGGGUCAAGCCACCCAAAAAGUGCUGACGACCCCCGCGGCCACCACCGCACGCGAGGGGACACCCUAUUUAUGUUACCGUUUUUACCGUUCCUCCGCAGCUUUUGGAGCGUAAGUUAUUGCCCCGGUUGUCUCUCUGAGCCGCGGCCGCUUGUUUCGGUUGCCGCCUCCUAGCGGGAAGAAGAGAAACUCGACUCUCGCACGCCCUCUCGUGCGCCAUUCGGAUGCAGGUGUCCCCAGCUGGCCGCGAGUCUGCGAAGAUCGAAGGGCGCUGGUGACCCUCGAAACGCUUGGGCCUGGUGCAGCAUCUUCUUUUUUUUUUUUUUUGCUCGCGAAAUGGAGCGAGUUCUUGCACCUUGUGAGUGAGGACUGCCACGUAGCGGCGCAGGGAGUGGAUUAGUAUUUUAGAAGUGCAAUCAGUUUGAAUAAAGUUUUCCAGAAAGGAA